CUGUCUUGUUGACGUUUGUUUGUUUACCAUUAUCAAAUGGUGCAAGUCGAGCACAUUUUAUAUAAUUUUAGCCAUAUUUCAUUCAUUAAAUACAUUGAAAAUGAUUACUAGACAAUUUUUUAAAAAUAAUGUAAUAAUUAGAAUAAGUAUUCAAAAUUGUAGUGUAAGAUUACGACAUAAACUAACUGAAAAAACCAAUGAAAAAGACCUCAAACUGGCAAGUGAUGUUACUAAUUACUUAGAAAACUCAGCGGAAUAUUGUAAUGUUAAAGAUAAACUACCUAAUUUUUUGCUAAGAAAAUAUAAAACACCAGAAAGCAUGUAUUUGAUAAACAAACAGACUGCGAAACAUAUCGCUACUACUGUGUCUAAACAUAUAAACGAUGCAUCAACAGUUAUUGAAGUUAAUCCGGGGCUCGGAUUCUUGAGUGAAGAGCUGCUUCAUCAAUUGAAUAAUCAUAUUUAUAUGUAUGAAACAUCUAAUCAUUUUUCUUCUCAUCUUAGUAGUCUACUAGGUAAACAUCCUGGCCGAGUGACUUACAAAGUUGCAGAUUUUUUUGGAAUGUGGAAACUAGCAUUUAAAGAUAAAAUAGACAAUGGAAUUAGGAUACAAGAAUUAUUAGGAAGUCUCUCUACUAAUGAUAGCAGUAGAACUGUGAAAAUAAUUGGAUCAAUGCCUGGAUUGACAUUUAUUAAGCAUCUUUUGAAUAAUAUAAUAUUUCAUACAACAAAUAAUCAACUAGGGAGGCCAGAUCUCUUCAUAACAAUGCCUGGGAACCAUUACCAGUUUCUUACAGACAAUCAAAUCCAGUUCAACAAGCACAAGUCAGUGCCUGCACUGUUUCAACUGUUCUUUGACUACAAAGUGUUGACCACAGUACCCAAAGUUCACUUUUUGCCAUGGACCUUUCCUCCGAGCAGCAAAAAAAGUUCAGUGCUGGACGAAUGCAAUUUAUAUCUUGUUAAUAUCACGCAAAAAAAGGAAUUGCCAUGCCCUUCGGAAUAUCUACCUCUGCUAUGGUACUUCUUUAAGCCACAUAUGUUUUCGAAGUCAACGAGGGUUAUCCCAAUGUUAGAGCAGUGGAUCCCUGGCUGUGGGGUGUGGCUAAUCACAGGACAAGACCCACCAGACACCAAUAAAAAGAUUGCACCAGGAAAAGACGAUGCUGAACUUCCCCACAUGACUAUAUUUACGGAAUUUGGCGACCUCAAUCUCAAGCAGAAGAUAACAGUUUUUAAAAAAUUUGUGUCUUGGCCAGAAUUUGAACAGUGCCCAUUUAAAGUCACAAUGGAAAAUAAUUUACCGAAAUUCGUCUUAGACCUGGAUGGUGAAGAUAAAGAUAAUAUUGGUACUCACAUUGAUGAUAUAGAACAUUCAGAUGCAGAGGUUGAAACUUAAUAAAUUAUGAUUUAAUUUACCUAC